AUGAUGUGUUAGAUGAAUAACAAGUCAAAUUUUUAUAAAAACAACAAAUUUGUAAAUCUUAGCAAUCUGAAAAGAUUAAUGCACAGAGAAUUUAAAACAACGACAUUAUAAGCUAAAGGCUCUUGAUUACCAUGCCUUUAUUAGAUGGAAAAGAAAUAGAAAUCUUCUUCAGUGAAGAAGACCUACCAUACGAAGAAGAAAUAUUGAGGAAUCCAUUCUCUGUAAAGCAUUGGUUACGAUACAUUGAACAUAAGAAGUUAGCACCUAAACAACAAAUUAAUCUUAUUUAUGAGAGAGCUCUCAAAGAACUGCCUGGAUCUUUUAAACUAUGGUAUAAUUAUUUGAAAAUACGCAGAAGUCAAACCAGAGGACGGUGCAUUACUGAUCCUUGUUAUGAAGAAGUAAACAAUUGUUUUGAACGCUCCUUAGUUUUCAUGCAUAAAAUGCCCAGAAUUUGGAUGGAUUACUGUACCUUUUUGACAGAUCAAUAUAAAAUUACAAUAACUAGAAAAGCUUUUGACAGUGCCUUACGGGCUCUUCCAAUAACCCAACAUCAUCGUAUAUGGCCCCUUUAUCUAAACUUUUUAAGGAAACACAACAUACCAGAAACUGCUGUAAGAGUUUUUCGAAGAUAUUUAAAAUUAUGUCCAGAGGAUACUGAAGAAUAUAUUGACUAUUUAAUAUCAAUUAAUAAAUUAGAUGAAGCUGCCUUAAAACUAGCUCACAUUGUAAACAAUGAAAAUUUUCAAUCGAAACAUGGUAAAUCAAACCAUCAGCUUUGGAAUGAAUUAUGUGAGCUUAUAUCUAAAAAUCCAGAUAAGAUUCAUUCUCUUAAUGUGGAUGCUAUAAUCAGAGGAGGAUUACGACGAUAUACUGAUCAAUUGGGCCACCUUUGGAAUUCUCUUGCAGAUUAUUAUGUCAGAAGUGGUCUUUUUGAAAGAGCAAGAGAUAUAUAUGAAGAAGCAAUACAAACUGUUACCACCGUAAGGGACUUUACACAAGUUUUUGAUGCAUAUGCCCAAUUUGAAGAGCUUAGUUUAAGUAAAAAAAUGGAAGAAGUGGCAAAGAAAUCAAAUCCCUCUGAAGAUGAUGAUAUUGAUUUAGAAUUAAGACUUGCAAGAUUUGAGUAUCUUAUGGAAAGGAGACUUCUACUACUAAAUUCAGUUCUUUUAAGACAAAAUCCACAUAAUGUAGCUGAAUGGCAUAAAAGAGUUAAACUUUAUGAAGGAAAACCACAUGAAAUCAUAGACACAUAUACCGAAGCUGUUCAGACAGUAGACCCCAAACUAGCUGUAGGAAAAUUGUACACUUUGUGGGUUGGAUUUGCCAAGUUUUAUGAAAAAAAUGAUCAAAUAGAAGAUGCCAGACUGAUCUUUGAAAAAGCAACUCAAGUGAACUAUGCUAAAGUUGAUGAUUUAGCAUCAAUAUGGUGUGAAUGGGCAGAAAUGGAAAUAAGACAUGAAAAUUAUGAAGAAGCACUUAAAUUAAUGCAGAAGGCUACUGUACUUCCAAGCCGAAAAGUAGCUUAUCAUGAUGAUACAGAAACAGUCCAAAUGCGCCUAUAUAAAUCUCUUAAAGUUUGGUCAAUGUAUGCAGACUUGGAAGAAAGUUUUGGUACUUAUAAAUCUUGUAAAGCUGUUUAUGAUCACAUUAUUGAUUUAAAAAUAGCAACACCACAAAUAAUUAUUAAUUAUGGGUUGUUUUUGGAAGAGCACAAUUACUUUGAAGAAGCUUUUAGGGCAUAUGAAAAAGGAAUUGCUCUGUUUAAAUGGCCUAAUGUGUAUGAUAUUUGGAAUACAUAUUUAACCAAGUUUUUAAAAAGAUAUGGAGGAUCCAAGCUAGAGAGAGCAAGAGAUCUUUUUGAACAAUGUUUGGAACAUUGCCCACCAGAAUUUGCAAAAUCUAUUUACCUACUAUAUGCUAAACUAGAAGAAGAACAUGGAUUAGCCAGACAUGCAAUGUCAGUUUAUGAAAGAGCAACGACUGCUGUUCUUCCUGAUCAAAUGUUUGAAAUGUUCAAUAUUUAUAUUAAAAAAGCUGCGGAAAUUUAUGGAGUACCAAAAACACGCCAAAUAUAUGAAAAAGCAAUAGAGACAUUACCAGAGGAAAAAGCAAGAGAGAUGUGUAUUCGAUUUGCAGAAAUGGAGACUCGUCUAGGCGAAAUUGAUAGAGCACGAGCCAUAUAUGCACAUUGUAGCCAGAUGUGUGACCCUAGGAUCACUGCUGAGUUUUGGAACACUUGGAAAGAAUUUGAAGUGAGACAUGGUAAUGAAGAUACUAUGCGUGAAAUGCUUAGGAUUAAGAGAAGUGUACAAGCUACAUACAAUACCCAGGUGAAUAUGAUGUCAGCUCAGAUGUUGAGCUCUGCUGCACAAGCAGCUGGCACUGUUUCUGAUCUUGCACCAGGAAUGAAAGAUGGAAUGCGCAUGUUAGAGGCUAAAGCAGCAGAAAUGGCAGUUCAAAGUAAGGGUAAUAUUAUGUUUGUACGUGGUGAAACUCAAGGCUUAAAAGAGAGUGGAGAAAAGAUAGUUAAUCCUGAUGAAAUAGAUAUUGAUGAAGAAUCAGAGCAUAGUGAAGAUGAAGAUGGAGAUGUAGCCCCAGUACAAAAAAAGGACAUUCCAGCUGCAGUUUUUGCUGGACUUAUUCCAGAGACUAAAUGAGGACUCAAAUAUUGAAUAAAACUAAUUGUUAGUAAAUCAACUUUUUA